AAAUAGUGGGCAACUGGGCAUAUUUCAACAACUCCUUUCACUCAUAAGGUGGACUCAUUCACUGACUGACUCACUGAUUCACAAAAACCAAAAUAAUGGCUUUCCAAAGUACAGUCCCAGAAGUAACUCUGAGUUCUGGCCAAAAAAUGCCAGUUUUGGGCUUGGGCACAGCAACUUAUUCAGCAGUGGAAUUAUCAAAAAAAACUUAUUCAACAGUGGCUUCAGAAAUUGUGGUGCAAGCAGUGGUCCAGGCAAUUGAGCUUGGGUACAGGCACUUUGACACUGCUUCCUUUUACCAAACUGAGUCAAGUCUUGGCGAUGCCAUUCAAGAAGCUAUCCGAGUUGGGUUGAUCAAGUCUCGAGAGGAGGUUUUCCUCACUUCCAAGCUGGGGUGCACUGAUGCUCAUCCCCAUCUUGUUGUCCCUGCUCUUCAAACGACCCUCAGGAAUUUGAAGACAGAGUACCUUGAUCUGUAUCUCAUACACUUUCCUAUAAGCAUGAAGCAUGGGAUUAGUGUGUACACAGCCAAACCAGAAGACUUUCUCCCCUUGGACAUCAAGUCUGUUUGGGCAGAAAUGGAAGAAUGCCAGAGGCUAGGCCUCACCAAAUCCAUUGGAGUCAGCAAUUUCUCCUGUAAGAAACUUGGGGACCUCCUUGCCUUCGCUACCAUCCCUCCUGCUGUCAAUCAGGUGGAGUUGAACCCAUGUUGGCAACAAAAGAAGCUGAGGGAUUACUGUAAGGCCAAUGGAAUCCUUGUAGUAGCUCACUCUCCUCUUGGAUCACUUGGAACCAGCUGGGGCCAUAACAGAGUUAUGGAGUCUGAGGUUCUAAAGGAAAUUGCUGAGGGCAAAGGGAAGACUGUUGCUCAGAUUUGCCUAAGAUGGGAGUACGAACAAGGAAUUGGUGUAGCGGUGAAGAGCUACAACAAGGAAAGGCAGCAGCAAAACCUCGCGAUUUUUGACUGGGCUUUGAGCGACGAGGAUUGUAAGAAGAUUGGCGAAAUCCCCCAACGCAGAGGACAAACCGUGGAGGAGUUCGUUGAUGUCAACGGGCCUUUCAAAUCAAUCGACGAGAUCUGGGAUGGUGAAAUCUGAAUCUACUUUUUUUUUCUUCGUUUCCUUCCCUGUAUUAGUUUGUAAAAGCUUAAUUUUCCGUCUUCAUAAACAUGAUGAUCACACUUUUUUUUUACGAAAAAGUGUGACCCGAAUUGUGUUUGCGUAAGUGCAUGUGUCUCGUAUGAUGAAGUAUUUUGUUCUAUGUUUUAGUAAAAUUUUGAAAUUUCAGAUGGCA